AGGCUGCUCGCGCCGAGGCUCGCAUUCUCAGGUUGACUCAGCCGCGAGAGGCGUGGGAAUUUCUCGCCAGCCUUGCAAUCGAUCGAUCCGCUGCAUGUGUGUGACACUCCUGCUGGCCGUGGCCGGCGCGCUCGCGCUCCGUCCCGGCGUGCACGUCUGCAGGUCCAGUCGCGGCGGCGACGUUUCCAUGAAGAUCCUUCGGCACCAGGCGGGCGCGAGCGCCGACUCGACGAGCGCGGCGCUGGACCGGCUGUGCGGGGCUCCGUCCGGCGUGUUUGUGCUCUCGUACACCGAGGCGGGUGCGCUGUCCAACUCUCUCCUCGAGAGGGUAGUCGCAGACUUUGAGGCCUCGGAGCUGUACGGCGGGCCGGCGCUAGCGUGUGCCCAGAUCGUGCGCGACGGCGGCGGGCCGCAGGAUGCGCUCUGCGACCAGCGCGGGGUCACCGUCUUCCCCACCACCGAAGUUUGGCAGAAGGGCGCGCUGGUCGCCACGGUCGGCGCCUUUGAGCUCGAAGCGACGCUGCGUGGGCUCGGCCUGCGCACGGCCGCCACGUCAACGUGGAGCAACGCGGCCAAGGGCUCCGACGCAAAGGGGCUGCCCUCGGCCACCGCCGUCGAUGACAUCGACUUCACAGGCGGCGGUGGGGAGGGAGGGAGGCCGAUCGACAUGGGCAGAAGGGGCGACCGCGGGAUCACGCAGGACUACUUCCCGUUUGGCGACACCGACAAGCCGGGCGACGAGAUGGGCGAUGCCAAGUGAGUCGGAAGGUGAGACGUUUGAGAGCGCGUGGGUUUUUGUGAUUGUCGGUGCGUUUUGGUUUUUUUUUAGGAACAAGCAAAGG